GUAGAACGUCAUGACUUAAUGUGCGCUACGUGUACACAUACCUUAUUGGAUGGGGGGUGUCCAUUGUGCCAUUGUUCAACCCGGUUAAAACGUGCAACCUGAAACAUGGAUCGUGGGUCGAAGCGGCGACAGGUGAAGCCCCUGGCGGCCUCCCUGCUGGACGCGCUGGACUACGACAGCUCUGACGACAGCGACUUCGAGGUGGAGGACGCCUCAGGGUCGGAGGGCAGUGGGAACGGGAGCGACGAGGACGGGUCGAAGGAGAGCGGCGGCGGCGGCUCGGGCGACGAGGAGGAAGAGGAGGAUGACGAAGGUCCAGCGGAGGUGGAGGUGGAGGAGGAGGAGGCCGGCAGCGAGGGGGGCAAGGAGCUGAACCCCGAAAACUCCCCGGCCGGCGAGGAGGAGGAGGAGGAGGGGGCGAAGGGGAAGGAGUCCUCCCGCGGGAGGAGGCGGGGAGAGAAGGGGGCGGAGCCUUCGACCGCUGGGGGCGGGGUGGCGGAGGAAGGGGGCGGGGCCGGGGGGGAGCCCAAGAAGUGGAACCUGCGGCGGAACCGGCCGGCGCUGGACUUCACCACCAUGGAGGAGCUGCACGACAUGGACGACUACGACAGCGAGGACGACAACGACUGGAGGCCCACGGCCGGGAGGAAGAGGGGCCGCUCCGCCCAGAGGGCGGGACCGGGGGGCGAGGGCGGGGCCGAGGGAGAGGAGGAGGAGGAGGAGGAGGAGGAUGAUGAUGAGGAAGGGGAGGAGGGCAGCGGCAGCGAGGAAGAGGAGGACGAGGAGGAGAACGAGGAGCAGGAGGGGGAGCAGGACAGCAGCAGCGAGAGCGAGGAGAAGGAGGAGAAGGAGGAGGAGAAGAAGCCCAAACGCAAGGCCAAGACCCUGGGAGCGUAUGACGAGGAGCUGACCAAUGACAGCCUGAGCCUGUCCCACAGCAAGGGCAACGAGGAUUCCCUGCUGCCGGACCGAGCGCAGGCGUGGAGCGCACAGAGGAUGGAGCACAUCCUGAUCUGCUGCGUGUGUCUGGGGGACAGCAGCGAAGACGCCGACGAGAUCAUCCAGUGCGACAACUGUGGAGUGACCGUACACGAGG